CAGCCUCUCCUCAUGUGAGAGAUUCUCCAAUCCCCUAAUUGUCUUUGUGGCCUUUCACUGGACUUGCUGCAGUAUGUCUAUGUCUGUCUUGUAGUGGGGAGCCCAGAACAGCACAUGCACUCCAGGUGUCUCACCAGUGCUGAGGAGAAGGAUCGCUUCCUCGUCCUGCUGACAAUGCUCUUCCUAAUGCAACCUAGGAUACCGCUGGCUGCCUUCGCUGCAAGGGCAUGCUCUUGGCUCAUGUUCAACUUGUCCACCAGCACCCUCAGGUCUUUUUAGGAAAAAGCUGCUCUCCAGCUAGUUGGCCCCCAGCCUGUACUGGUGCAUGGGGUUAGUCCUUCCCCAAGCGCAGGACUUUGUAUUUCUCUUUGAACUUCACGAGACUCCUGUUUACCCAUUUCUCCAGCCUGUCAUGGUCCAUCUGAAAAGGCAGCACAACCAUCUAGUGUAUCAGACACUCCUUGAUUUACGUCAUGAUAAACUGGUCUCUGACUCCUUUUCCUCUGUAGAUAAGCUGCAUAGUCUCUUAAUAGUACUCUUUUGCAGUACAUACUUUCUGUGGCAAAACUUGCCAUCCCCCAUUGUCCCCCUCCCAGCCCAUUACCAUAGUAGACGGUGUCUGCAGUAAAAAAAAGUCUUCAGGCUCUAGGCAUAACUGGCUUUAUGGUCGAGGACCUUAAAAAAGCUUAAAGGAACGAUUUCUUUACAAAGUAAGCUAAGGAUUAGAUUUUAGAAAUAUCAGAAUAUAAUGAACUGGUAAGGAUCUCUGGGUAGCGAAGAUAAAUUUCAAAGCCUAAUGCUUAAGUGUUCAUCCACAUUGCAUGUUGUGUAUUAUCGUAUUUUUCCUUACUAUUAUAAAGGCUAAUAACUGAAGCUGGCUUAAGAAAUCAUCGUACUACUGACUGAAAGCUUUGCCACUUGUGUUUUUUCAGACGCUCCUAUUGCAAAAGCUGCUGUUGCAAAGAAAUAAAAAUUUUUAUAAGAGAAUGGAUGGAGAAGAGAAAACAUACGGUGGGUGUGAGGGCCCAGAUGCUAUGUAUGUGAAGUUAAUAUCUUCUGAUGGCCACGAGUUCAUUGUAAAAAGAGAGCAUGCAUUAACAUCAGGAACAAUAAAAGCUAUGUUGAGUGGACCAGGACAGUUUGCAGAAAAUGAAACAAAUGAGGUGAAUUUUAGAGAGAUCCCAUCCCAUGUCCUAUCCAAAGUAUGCAUGUAUUUCACCUACAAGGUCCGCUAUACUAACAGCUCUACGGAGAUUCCUGAAUUCCCAAUUGCACCUGAAAUUGCACUGGAACUUCUGAUGGCUGCAAACUUCUUAGAUUGUUAAAUAAAAUAAAUUAUAAUAAAAAUGUAAACUUUUUUCAGUAUUUAAUACCUGUAGUUCAGUUAGUAACUUUUUUUCAGAUAGCAUGUUGCGUGUGUGCUGUUGAGAACUGUAAAGUUCACUGCAGAGGCAAUUGCCUUCAGUCCUUUUGCAUAUAGCAAUCACUCAGUUGAAAUUUGUUUUGCCGCUUACACAAGUAAGGACCUUUUCACAAACUGAGACAAAUAAACAAAUAUGCCAAUUAGUAGAUGGCUAUGCCUUAUCCUUUAGGUGUGGUAGAACUUUCUUUUAAUGCAAUGACCAUAUAAAAUACUGGAGUUUAGGCUAAUGCUCUAAAAGGUAAUUAUAGCUAAAUACAAGUAGCUGUUUAAGGUUUCUAACUUUCUUUUAUUGUUGCAGUUUCUAAACAUCUGAACUUAAUCUCCUUUAUAAGGUAGCUGUCCUUUAGCAUAGUUAAACCAAGUAGAUUAGAAGUGCCCUCAGUAGGGUUUGUAUACUGACAGCAAUAUUCCAUUUAGGUUGCAAGUGGAGUAUGUAGGAGAAUGUUUAAGGCUUUUAGUUAAAAUCAUAGUAUAGACACAUGAAAAAGUGUACUUGGUACAUUUUUCUUUUGUAACCUAAAUUUCCCCCUUUAUCAUUUAAAAUACUCAAGUCACUUGUCUGUAGAGUAAGUCUGUGACCCUAAUGACAGUGGCUUUUAAGGGAAAACAUAACUGUAUUACAAUCUUUGUGUAUAUUAUCUUCUGUAUAACAUAUAAGGUUAUUCUUAAUGUACUGUCACUUGACCUGAUACGGAUUUUAUAUGUCAGCUAUGUUUUUUUUUCCAUUGUUGUGAUUGGUUAUGUAAACUCUGUAUUUAACCUUUAGAGUAGUAGUCAUUUAAAUUUUCUAACAUAGUCAUUGAAAGAUAGCAGUUAUCCUAUUCUUUACCUUUUCCCUAGCCUCGCUCUUACUUCCACAGGAAAAAAACCCUGAAAUGCGAAGCCCUUUUGUAUUUGAAGGAAAGGGGCAUUAACCAGAUGUUAAAGGAGCUUUUUUAUAAAUUUCUUAAAUAUUUCCAAUGUUUUUACAAAUAUUUUAGGGGGAAAGGAUUGGCAAGCCACGGACAUAAUACUUGAGUGGAACACAUCAUCGCUUGGUAGUUGCUGCUGGUAAUUGCCUAUCCUAUCAAUUCUCUGUUCAAAACAGGUUCCCAUAAAACAAAAAAAUUGAACUGAGACAAGAAACUGCUUUUUGUUCAGCAACAGCCUGAAGAACUUCUGCCAAAGUCAUCUGUAAAUGACAGUGAUAAAUCUUAAUGUAUCAUGAAAAAAUGAUGCAAGGACAAUGUAGUAGCAUUUCCAUCAGCUCUCACUACUUCAGAUCUGUUGUAUCAAGAAUUGGUUGUGGUCUGUUAUGAAAAUGCCACUAACAGGUGGUGGGACUUCUUUAUUAAUGUAUUAACUAAAUAAUGGUGAAUUUAGAGGGUGGUUAAAAACUGUGUCUAAACCUGUUUGCUAGCAUAAAUACAAAAACCUAUGAAGAGGUUGUCUUGGUAAAAACUGGUAACGUUGCAUAGACUAUGCAGUCUGCCCACAGAUGAGUUCAGUUCUGGCAAAUGAACUUUUACUCUGGACUUGAACAGUGCUUGACAGACACGCUGACAUUUGUCAAUGUGUUGAUAGAUUAGCUAACGUUUAUUCACGUCACACUUUGGCACAAUUUAUUGUGUUUACUGUGGAGAUGUUUGUGACUAGAUUGGUUUUGCACGUUAAAGCUGAAGCGCAUUGCAAGGCUAUUGGCAAAAGGCAAAAACCUAUGUUUAAGCACUCUGGUUAGUGCUAUUAGUAACUCAUUUUCAAGAGCACUAAAAAGAUGAAAAAACACAAAACAGAAAUACCCUGUUAUGCUGCUUUUACUCAAGCCACUAGAAAUACCCGGGAAGUUAAAGGAGUAACAACGUGGAUAUUUUAGUCCCAACUUCAUUUCAGACUGAGAGGCUCUUAAGUUCUUCAGCCAUCUUUUAACAGCCUUCAGGUUAGUGACUUGAAAUGUAAAAAGUCUAAAACUUUAGUUUGAAAUGGAAGUGAAAAGUUGAGCUUAGCUUAACUUCAUUUUAAAAUGGAUGGGGUGGGUUUUAUGGGCCCUUGGGGGGGGGAGAGGAGGGGGAACCUUCCAAAAAUGUGUUUAAAAUACAUUGCGUUUUAUGAUUGCAUAUUUCAGCCCUAAGGUAAAACAGCUGUUUUAUUUCUGCAUUAUAAUUUCAUGUUUUUUCUUCAGCUUAAUGUAUCAUACAGUAGCUUUGAACACUCAGGAAAUGCAGUAGUGUCCUAUAAUGCACUAUUUGCAAAACACCGGCUGUUAAGAAAACUAACCUGCAACUAUCUAAGGGGGAACGGUGCAGAGGUAAUUAGUGCAAUUGACUUGGUAGUGAUGUGGGUAUGCUAUUAACAGACGAUUGGAAACUUACCACACUUAACCCCUGAGUUCUAAAUAAAUUUCAAAAUUGAAAUUUUUACAACUGUG